AUGACUAACUUUUAUAUAAUUUCUUUAAUCAAACACGACGUCGUCGUCGUCGUCGACGACGACGUGGAUUUGUGGAUGGGAAAAGAUGACGAAGGGGGAGGAAAGGCGAGGAGAGGGAAAAUUCUUUUCGUAUCAUACACAUACAUAUUACUAAUUUGUGUAUUUUAA